AUGUCAUCCAAUUCAGGACAAAACCCGCCCCCUGCCAAACCGGUAAACAUCCCGAAUGCUUCAACCUCAUCUUCGCCAUUUCACCACGCAGCACCCACAGACAGCGGCGCUCAAAGGCGUGUAGGAGGCUCGGGAAGCUCUCGAGCAGGUCUGGCCUCAAGAACUUCGGCCACUCCAAGGAACAACCAAGCUCGGAAGACUCAACACAACCGACAGAGAAAACCUCGGCUGCUGGAUGAUGACGAGUAUAACGAAUCGGCCGCCAUGAAAUCAACUACCAGUCGUAAGGGACAAACGUCCAUUACUCACUUGAUGAACUUUUCCCUCCCGCCGCGUCCACAGUACCAACCACCCCCUCGUAAUGUGCGGCGCUAUACAUCCUGGGGAGCAGGCACAGUGGACAAAGCCCGAUAUGUCCAUGCGAACUACCGAUUUAUCGUGAUGCCGAAUCAGAACUUCCACGCUCAAGCCGCCAACGCUGACGUCCAUCUCGACUGGGCCUCGGUUUUACAAGUCCUGGUGUCUGCCCAAACCCAGGCUGCCAGCUGUCCCAUAUGUCUCUGUACUCCUGUGGCACCUCGCAUGGCUCGCUGCGGUCACAUAUUUUGUCUUCCAUGUUUGAUUCGAUAUAUGCACGCGUCUGAAGACGAUAACCCGGUGCCGGAAAAAAGACAUCGGUGGAAGAAAUGUCCCAUCUGCUGGGACUCAAUCUAUAGCUCAGAGACUCGACCUGUUCGAUGGUUCCGCGGCCAAGAAGGCGAUCUGCCCGUUGAGGGUGGCGAUGUUGUCCUAAGGCUUGUGAAGCGAGAAUCUGGUAGCACGCUUGCUUUGCCUCGUGAUGUUUCCGGGUCGCUUGGUCCGGGUGAAGAUGUCCCGUGGUAUCAUGUGGCAGAGGUUGCCGACUAUGCUCGAAUCAUGAAGGGUGGUGAAGACUACAUGUGUGCUCAGCAUGAUACCGAGAUUGAAGACCUCCGCCAACAGGAGGUUGAAGACGAGCUGAUGUUCGGUGAUGAGAACACCUGGACUCGGAAAGCUAUCAAUUCUAUCACGGAUGCGAAGGAGAAGUUGAAGGGCAUCGGCAAUCCCUCCGAGUUGAGACCUGCCAAGGAACGUGCUACCACAUCAGAACGCACCACUAGCUCUUCUAUCCCAUCUACGGGGACACCAGCUAUUCCGGAGCAAUUGGAAGAUAUUUCCCAGUCGUUGGAUGAAGUUCAAAUUUCAUCUGAGCCCAGCACCAAGCUUAAAGAUAAAGCCCGCGGCAAGUUACCGCAGUCUUCUUCCGGGGCAGAUCAUCCCUACCAUUUCUAUCAAGCAUUACCCCAGUUCUACCUCUCGUCCUUGGAUAUCCGGAUCCUGAAGGCCGCGUUCGAGGAAUAUGCACUCUUCCCGGCAACCAUUCUACCUCGAGUGGAACACAUUUCAACGGGACACAUUGUUGACGAUGAACUUCGCAAACGCGUGAAAUAUCUUGGGCAUCUUCCUCAGGGAUGUGAAGUCAACUUUUUAGAGUGUGACUGGCGAGACGUGGUGGUCCCGGAGGUCCUGAACCGAUUCCGCUCUGAAACCGAUCGACGGCGGAAGCGAAAUCGAGAGAAGGAGGCUCGAGAAGAGAAAGACCGCGUUCGUGCUGAAAAGGAGGAAGACGAUAAACGAUGGGCCGCUGCUCGGCGCAAGCGUCCCAGCGUGGGUCCGGCCAGCUCGAGCGAGGCUCCAUUCCAUGCCCGCGAUUUCCAACCCCUUCCUAGCAACACCGAGCCUGUGUUCGAUGCGGGAAUUUCAUCUGCCUCUCCUCCGCGCUCUACUUCCGGUUUUGGUGCCUUGGCCUCGCCCUCAAACAGUCCUUCAGGAACCCGCACGGUUUGGGGCACCACGGCAGUGGGCUCUCUGUCACCCAGUUUCGAGGCUCAAGGUGCUGGUGUCGGUGAUGGGUGGCGACAGGGCUGGGAAGAUGAGCUUUUCGCUCAGCAAGAGUCUGAGCUCCUCGCCCAAACCACAUUAGGUGCUCCCGAGCAGGCUCCCGCUGGCAAGAAAAAGAAGAAAACCAAACAAAAGAUCACAUUGAUGGCGACAAACAGCCAACGAGGGGCAUAG